GCUUUGACUAUAUGAUUUUAAUUAUAGUUAUCUGUGAGUUAUGUUAUCUGUGGUAUUAAUCAUUAUUAUAAUUGUCAUAAUCUUUGUCAAUUAUUCUCAUUCAAUGUUCGAUCAAUGUUCUGAUUCUAAACUUCUGAUGUUCUCAUUAUUCUAAUUAAAAUAAAUUACAAUAAACAAUAGCAUCAUUCGCGUGAAAAGCGAUUUUCAUAAGUACACUGUAAUCAACAGUCUGAAACAAUCGGAUAACUAUUGGAUAUUGCAAUAACUACUAUAUAACUUAACAAACAAGGUAGAAUGUCCAGAAACUUGAAAGAAAAUUACAACAAACUCAUUGAAAUGGAAAUGGAAAUUGAUCAAUUGCUAAGUGAGAAAAAAUAUAUCCAAGUUAAGCUGCUCCACCAAUACAACGAUAUUAAAGAUGCUGCUCAGAUUGUUAUUAGUCAUAUAGCCAAUUUAGAAGAAACUACUAUCACAGAGGUUCACAAAAGACUAAAACUAAAGGAAUGAAAUAAAACAUACUUUCAUAUUAAUGGAACGUUUUAUUUGAAGACAAAUACAACUCUUUACAAUUUAAAUUUUAUCCAAAUUUUGAGUUCAUAAAUUAAUGAACAAUUUUUAAAUUUCACAUUGCGGGUUUACGUACGUAGGUUCUUAAGUUAUAAGUGUUUUCAAAAAGCCACGGUUCCACGUUUGCUACUUCAAUUACGAAAAAUGUAUGUUUAACAUGACAAGUAUUCUAAUAUAUUUUGAUUAUUAUAUGUUGAUAAUCAUGACCAUUGUCAGCAAACAAAAUGUAUUAAUGUAGAUAGUAAAAGUUAUCAUAUUGUUGAGAAUAAUCUAAACUAUAGUGAAUAAUGGAUUUAAAAGAGAUAAAUAAAAUCUACUUCUCUUUUGAAUCAUCUAGUUUGUAAGUAUGUGAUAAUAUGUAUAACAUGAAAUAAUGGAGAUUAACAAAGGUGUCUUAACAAUCCAAUUAUUAUUAUGGUAACAUUUUUAAGAAUACCAAUCAGUGAAGAAAGUUAACAUUAUAAUCUGAAAAAACCCCCAUAUUAUAAGAUUAUUUUUCACAUGCUUUACCAUUGUUAUACAUAAUUCUUAAACAAAUCAAAAUACAUUUAAGUUAAAAUUCUAAUGCUAACAUGGUGUCUAUUUUAUUAAGCAAGCAAUAAUUAUAUAAAUGUUUAAAUGUAUAAUAUAAAGUGCGUAUCGCUUUUGGCGACAGCUUGCGAAUACUUUGCAAUGUGAGCGUCCACAUGCAAGUUGAACGCUCGAGCUGAAGAGUGGAGGGCGGUAAGCCUCCACUCUAGCCACUCUGUGGCAUCGUUACGAAGUCAGAGGCAUAUACUUUGAUUUGCAUUUAGUGUCUUGGAACAGCGUUGUGGCUGCUGCGUGUGUGCAUUGCACUCAAGUUCUGAUCAGAGUUGAUUGUUACUUUCAAUCAAUUAUUAUAAUUUAUAUGUUAUUGUGGCAACAUAUUUUGUGUUGUUCUGGCCUGGGUUUAAAGCGUUCAAAAUUGUAAAGUCUUCAUUUAGUUCCAUUCUCGACUGGCGUGAACUGUGCAAUUACUGUUGAGAAGAACUGAAUGGAAUGUACAUUUACGUAGCAAAUUGCAACAGUUAUUCCACCAUUCGAGUUAUUUAGUAAGACUGUCCUUAUAUCGAUGUUUCUCAUUCCAGCUAAAUUUAAGUAUAACAAUAUAACAAAUUUACAAAAAUACAUAUAAAUUGAAGAACAUUCGCAAUAUUGAGAAUCCCAAAAAUGCAUAUAAAUAUAUCACUAAUAACAAAUCUAAGAUUUCCUAUCGAAAUAAUACCCUAUAUUACGCGGAUGUGUCAAAAUGCGAAUGCUCAUUCAGUUUUAAUAAACGUUUAUCGUUAGACUUAAAUCUAUGAGUUUCAGACUCGUUUCAGGCAGUCCCACAGAUUUCUAAGCACCAAGAAUCAUUCAAUAAAUGCACUUUUUUUUAAACUAACUUAGUGUUCCACUAACCAGAGUUUUGCCCUUAACUGGAACAUAUAACAAAAAACAUUCUGUAAUCACAGUUCCCACAUUAAUAUAGUCCGUUGUGCCUUUAUAUUAUUUUCAGAGAUCGUUAUAAAUAUAUUAAGGUUAUUCAGACAUGUUUUAUUUUUAACACAACAAACAACAUUAUAAUAACGCCUAAACAAUGACUCAAGAAAUCCCAAAAACAAGUCUGAAAACAUUUUGGUUUAGUCUAUGCAAUCCAGGUUUUUUCGACUUUUUGGUGAAUAUAAUUAUUGCCUAGAGAUUUUCCUAUAUGUGGUUGAGAGCCCUUAUAUAUUUUUGGUUUAUUGACAUUUCGCAUAAUUUGACUUCGAAAUAUUUCAAAAAGAUUUCAUAGACCAAACCCUCUUAUAAGUAAAAAAUUAUGAUUUGGUAAAUUGUAAAUAUACUAUGUGUAAAUAAAUAAAACAUACUAUGCACUAAGUCAUCUCACUUUUCAAUAAAACAUGACUUAACAAUCAACAGGUCAAUUUAGCAAUAUAUAAUUAUAUAUCUUAAAUAUCACUUGUCAAAUAGUUGGUAUCUUUCGGUCCUCAUUACUUAUUCUAUGAGGUAUUUAACUACCUCAAAUAAUAGAACCGCAUUUUCCCUUAGGUCACAUUAUUUCUUUAGAAAUAUAGAUCUUGUUUUUCAGUUUACAUCAGUAUUAUUGGUCUCAUUAUAGUACAGUACAAAUAACCAGAGUCAUUUUUGUCUUAUUUGGGAUUUUAUUGGGGCAUAAAUUGAGCCUCCACUUGUCUUUAACAAUAUUAUUAAUUGAACACUAAUUUGUGUCAAUUAUAGUAAUACAAAAUCAGUCUCAAAAUAGGGAAGUCUUUAAGAUCUUCAGGCACGUAUACAUCUUAACCUGUGGAUUAAUAUCCAAGCUAAAUCCCUAAUAUAGAUUUUACGUGCUAAAACAAUUACCUUCCAACGUAUUUUCCCAAGAAGUGUGAACACAUUUGUGUCUUCAUGUGUAUGUUAUAUUACGAAAAGUUUGUUAGAUUUCUUGUUUGAGGACAACUAAAGUAUUAAAAAUAAACAAAAGCCACGAAAAAACUAAACUAAGUUGAUUUCAAAUCAAUACUAAAUAAAAUAAAACAAUAACGAAAUUACCUUUAGAAACGAAUACUUUAGUUUGAAACUGGUGCAUCACCUUGACCAAUGUGUUCCUUUUCAGAAUUGUGGCAUUGCUCCGCCACCUAGAAUACACCAUUGAAUUUAGUGAUGUCAUUUAAAGUUGUCAUGAGGAUAAAAACUAAUUAAAGAAGGAAGCCGGUUGUAAAUUCCAUAGAGAUGUUGUCGUGUGGUUGCUGUAAUUUACUCUGCAGUCACCUUAUUCUUAUCAAGUGGGCCAUUAGCCUCCAAUGUUUGAGCGAGAUCAGACUUCUGGCCAGAACUCUUUUUCUUCCCUUUCCCCAUAUUCUUCUUAACAUUUUUGCCAGUCUUCAGUUUUUGAGGCUGUGUACC